CGGCGAGCGACCCUGGAGCUCCGACCUAGAUGACAAUGGCGCCCUGACGAGCUCGUUGCUGUAGUGUUAUGUUUUAAACGAUACAACCUUAUGGAAUAAAGCAUUCAGUGACCGCUGAAGCUUUAGAGCAGAGUCAUAAUGCGCCUCUUCGCAAGCUCGGCGCUUGUGCUGUCUCUGCUAUCGCCCGUUUACGCCGUAUUUCAGGAUGAAGCGUAUCACACGGAUUUCCAUCACGCAUUGCUAGGGACCCCACAGGAGCACACCACAUUCUUUCACCGACCACAAUCAGUGUCCAAAGCCUCGCUGCUCUAUACGCUUUCAGAAAAAGGUAUACUAGGCGCUGUCAAUCCAAGGAAUGGAUCUCUCGUGUGGCGGCAGGUGCUCGGUGACGGCUUACCUCCCACUAAUGCCUUCCUCAGAGCUGGUGAGGACGAAGAUGCAGUUGUCGGCGCAAUUGGAGAUCAUGUUUCAUCUUGGAGUGCGCUAGAUGGAAAACUCGUUUGGUCAAACGUAUUUGGUGAUGGUCCGGCAAGAGACCUUGAGGUCUUGGAGCUUGAGGAAGGAAAAGUCAAUCGACCGGCCAAAGACGUGGUCACUUUGUUUGGCACGGAGAAAGGUGUCGUCAAGAGAUUAGAUGGGGCAACUGGUGACGUUAAGUGGGAAUUCAAGGACCAAAGCGGUGAUCUUCCUUAUCAAGUCUCCUCGUCGGCCACAAGCAUCUACUACAUUUCGCUACAUCCCGCUCUCAUCAAAGGUUAUAAAAUCAAAGUCACUACAUUGGAUGCCCUGACUGGAGCUCAGACUGGACAAUAUACUCUGAAUACCGACAGCGAUGUGACCUCGGCAGACCUGAUACUUUUUGUGGGAUCUAAUGCUGCUCUUCCGGUUGUUGCAUGGACAGAUCCAUCGCACAAGACACUCAAAGUCAACCUUCUCGGGUCGAGGCAGAUAUCCACUUUUAACGUCCCUAGCGAGAGCGGGGAGAGGGUCGAGAAGAUUAUUCUCCACGCGCCCCAUGUUAUCAACUCUGUUCCUCACUUUUUGGUCCAUUAUCAAUCACCGAGCUCGCACUCGGCGGAGGUCUACCACAUUGAUUUGUCGGCAGGCACGGUCUCAAAGGCUUAUAGCUUACCCAAAUUGGCUGGUAAAGGCACGUUUUCGACUACUACUGUUGAUGCGAAUGUGUUUUUCACAAGAAGCACGCAAGAGGAGUUUGUGCUUGUUUCUUCCGCUUCUCACGGCAUCCUUGGACGGUGGCCUGUUCGAGGAGCUUCUCUGGCCAUCGAUGCACCCGUUCACGGUGUCUCUGAAGUUGUUGCCAAGACGGGCUCUACCUAUGCUGUCAGAUCAGCUGUUACCCUCACCUCGGGCGAAUGGCAGCUUAUAAGGAACGGUGAUUUCGACUGGUCGCGGCCUGAAUACCUGGCUGGUGUUGUUGCAGCAGACUGGGCCGAACUCGAAGAACAGAAAGACUUGGCCCGCGAGCUGGAGGUCGAGGGGCACGAGAAUGUUCUCUCAGCCUACAUCCAUCGAGUCAAGCGGCAUCUACGGGAUCUCGAGGGUCUUCCUGCGUGGAUACAACGGCUUCCGAGUCGGCUCGCUGGCUCUCUGUUUGGAGAUCAUAAUGUAAUCCCAACGGAUGGUCUUCACGCGGACAGCUUUGGCUUCCGGAAGCUAAUUCUGGUUGCUACAGAGAAUGGUCGGGUGCUGGCACUGGAUUCUGGUGAUGUCGGCAAGAUUGUUUGGGCUACCACGGUCAUUGACCUUGGACCGGGUAAGAAAUGGGACGUCAAGGGUAUGCUUGUAAACGGUGACGCUGUGCAGAUUCGCAGUGGUACCGGAGAGCAGGUGACGCUUGAAGUCUUGACUGGCAAAGUGCUGCAAAGAGAGCCGGCAAAGCCUGCCAAGGUCGAAAGUACUGCCAUCAUUGAAGAGGCUGGCCAGCUGUCCCUCUUGUCCAUUUACGAAGACGAGACCAUUGAGGCUCCCGAACUCAUCGGCGAAGGUACCGUUAUUGUCCUCCAAGGCAAGAACGGCAACGCCAAGGGCGUCCAAGUCGUUCCUGGACAAAAGUCUUCCGUUCCUGUAUGGGAAUUCGCCCCGCCUGCUGGUGAGCGGAUCGUUGGGUUGACGUCCAGAGCUGCCCAUGAUCCCGUUGCAUCUAUUGGGAAAGUGCUCGGAGACCGUUCCGUCAUGUACAAGUACCUCAAUCCGAAUCUGCUUCUGGUCACGACAGUCUCGGACGCUCAAUCGACGUUAUCAUUCCACCUGCUCGAUUCCACUUCCGGAAAUGUGCUCUAUACUGCGUCUCAUGAGGGCGUUGCCACCUCGCGCCCCAUCACCUCGGCCUUGUCAGAAAACUGGUUCACUUACGCUUUCUGGGCUGAUGUCGUGGAGGGAUCUACUAGCGCUACCUCCAAGGGAUACCAACUUGUCGUUGCCGAGCUCUACGAAUCUAGCAUUCCCAAUGAUCGUGGUCUGCUUGGUUCACGUAACAACUAUUCCAGCGUCGAUGCAUCUGCGACGGAUAAUCAACCUCAUGUCAUCUCGCAGGCGUACCGCAUCCCCGAAGAAAUCUCCGGCAUGACAGUUACCCAGACUCGCCAAGGCAUUACGUCGCGGGAACUCCUCUGUACACUAUCCUCGUCAAACGCUAUUGUCGCUAUCCCACGGAUGGUCCUCGACCCUCGACGGCCGCUUGGCCGGGACCCUACCCCGGCUGAGGCCGAGGAAGGACUCUUCCGCUAUGUCCCUACUCUGGAAUUCAACCCGCAAUGGAUUAUCACGCAUAAGCGCGAGGUGGCGGGUAUUGAUCAAGUCAUCACCUCUCCGACACUGUUGGAGAGUACUAGCUUGGUGUUUGCCUAUGGCCUGGAUGUGUUCGGCACCAGGGUUGCGCCGAGCCGACAAUUUGAUAUCCUUGGUAAGGAAUUUGGAAAAGUGCAGUUAAUUGGUACUGUCCUGGCGGUGGCAGCAGGCGUGGCCAUAUUAGCGCCAAUGGUCCGAAGGAAACAAAUUAAUGCUCAGUGGCAAUCUCCGUAGAUGUUCUCAAGGCGUGUAGAGGUCAUGUUUUGUCAUUCUCCAUAGAAAGCAUUAAAGGCAUAGUAAUAAGCCGUAUCAGAAGAUUAGCUUGUGCAUAUUUUUCAACUCUGCAAAUAGGUUAUUCAAAGUAUGAUGUUUAGUCUCCAUGAAAUUCGUUGGGGCCGACUUUAUGUCGGAUUGGCUAAAGGAUUCAAAGAAGUUGACGGCCAGAGGCUGGCCAAGCGCCUUUUAGAAAAUACAGGGUCCAAUGACUAGCUCCACAAAUACUUCUCAAGUGGCGGUAAAAAUCCGGUGUCGUUUUGGCAUUGGUCGGAGCCUUGCAUGACACCGUGAUGCCUAUUGUUUUGUCAACAGUACUUGCUUUGCCCAUUUUGAAGCCUCGAUCGGGACUCUGCAUGGCUGUGUCGAUGAGGAAGGCUUGUACACGAGCGAGCACGUUCCGUCGAACGGUGGACCAGUCGACAGUGUGCUUCGUCGCCAG